GGUUCCGACAGAUGCCCCCUCUGGUGCGUACGGGAAGGGGGCAGGUGGCCGUUGUCGGGCUGCCCGGGAGGGCUGUGGAGCAAUGAGGAGGGCAGUGGAAGGGAGCGGAGGUAGUCGGCGCGAACCGUGCAGCCGCUGAAGCGGGCGCUGCGCUGCGGAGCGGGGAGCGGAGUCACUGCGGCUUCGCAGCCGGGCCGGAACCGCUGGGCAGCCGAGGAGAGGGAGCUCCUAGCCGCAGCUGAAGACAGCAGCGAUGUGGAGACUGCAGGAGGAGCGAGUGUCCGGUGUCUGCUCCUUCCUUACCGGACUCUCAGUGGUCUAUUGGGCUCAAAGUGUCAAUGGAAUCGGUAACAUUUCCCUGGUGAAAAGAACAGUGGACAGAUUGCUCAGAGGAUACGACAUCCGUCUCAGGCCUGACUUUGGAGGAUCUCCAGUUACAGUGGGAAUGAGUAUUCAUAUCGCCAGUAUAGACAUGAUCUCUGAAGUUAACAUGGAUUAUACAAUCACAAUGUAUUUCCAACAAGGCUGGCGGGACAAGCGCCUCUCAUACACAGCCAUCCCGCUCAACCUGACCCUGGACAACAGGGUUGCCGAUCAGCUCUGGCUACCGGAUACCUACUUCCUGAAUGACAAGAAGUCCUUCCUGCACGGGGUAACGGUGAAAAACCGCAUGAUCCGGCUCCACCCAGAUGGCACUGUGUUAUACGGACUCAGGAUCACCACCACAGCUGCUUGUAUGAUGGAUCUACGAAGGUACCCCCUGGAUCAACAGAACUGCACUCUGGAAAUAGAAAGCUAUGGCUAUACGACAGACGACAUUGUGUUUUACUGGAAAGGCGGGGAUGCAGCAGUAACUGGUGUGGAUAAUCUGGAACUGCCUCAGUUCACUAUCAUUGAGCUGCGGCUAGUGUCGAAGGAAGUGGCUUUUGCAACAGGAUCCUACCCUCGGUUAUCACUCAGUUUUCGGAUCAAGAGAAACAUUGGAUACUUCAUUCUGCAGACGUACAUGCCAUCGAUCCUCAUCACCAUCCUCUCCUGGGUCUCCUUCUGGAUUAAUUAUGACGCCUCUGCUGCACGAGUAGCCCUGGGAGUCACAACUGUCCUGACAAUGACCACAAUCAACACCCACCUCCGGGAGACCCUCCCCAAGAUCCCAUACGUCAAGGCCAUUGACAUUUACCUGAUGGGCUGCUUUGUGUUUGUCUUUCUGGCCUUACUGGAGUAUGCCUUCGUCAACUACAUCUUCUUCGGCAAGGCGCCAACGCAGCAGAGGAAACCAAUGGGAAAAGUCAGCAAGAACAAUGCAGAGAGGGGCCGGUUCACAAACACUGGGAUUGAUAUGCAUGGAAACAUCCUCCUCAGCACCUUGGAACUCAACGAUGAAGUCUUGCCAUCAGAGGUUGCCAGCAGUGUCAGUGAUUCCCGCAACUCUGUCAUGUCCUUUGAUAGUUCUGGCAUUCAGUUCCGAAGAGUCGGAUCCAGGGACGGCUUAGGGCUUACUACUCGAGAGCGGAACACAGACCGUGAUCUCACCAAGACCCGUCUGCACCGCCGAUCGUCUAAACUCAAGUUAAAGAUGCCAAAGCUGACAGAUGUUAGUGCCAUCGACAAAUGGUCAAGAGUUGUGUUCCCCAUAACCUUUGGCUUUUUCAACAUAAUCUACUGGCUGUACUAUGUGCACUGACCAAGAGAGGGGGACCUCAGCUCCAGAGAGGGACAGAUAGGUCUCAUGGUCAUGUUGAAUCAACUGCCACUGUUAAUGUGACCCAGGACUUUGUACACAUGUAAAAAAAAGACAUUGAGUGAAAGCCUCAACAUGAAAUGGAAUGUUUUGUACAGUUCUCCUUAAGCUGCUGCACUUCCCCUGACAUUGAAACCAUGACUUGCUGGCCUCUGCUCUCCAACUGCAUGCGUACACUUUCAAACUGGUACAGACAACUAACUAUCAAACAGCUUUCCGAGACUGCUGCAUCCAGUGACAAACUAUCAUGAAAUGAUUGAGCUCUCUACAUCUGUACAGCAUGGUUAAGGUUAAGUGUCAGGGAGAGUGAGCAAGGAGCACAUGUGGACAGGAGGGAUUUGGAACACAGAAAGACCCUGUUGUAUGCUUAUAACAACAGUGAAAACUGAUUUUUGCUGUUAACCACUAGGGAAUGUUUGCUGGUCUAGAGAGCUUGUCAAUGAGGGGUGGGAAAUAGAUGUAAUGGGAAGGGUUCUGUAAGAUUAGUUCAAAUGAUUGAAGUGAUUGUAUUGUUGUGGUUGGAGCUCCCUGUACAGAGUCUGGGCACGCCAUCCUAAUAACACACUUGGUCCAGAGC